GAACAAUUGAUUAACCAAUGUAUCAGCGACUUGAUAAAUAAUGGUGACUUAGAUAUGGAUACGGGCCAGCUUUUAAGACCAGCAAACUCAAGAACACCAAUUUUUUACAUGCUCCCCAAAAUCCACAAACCCAAUAAUCCGGGACGACCUGUUAUCUCUUCCGUUAACAGCCAUACGGAGAAACUAUCUGCAUAUGUGGAUGAGUUUCUAAGACCCUUGGCACAAGCACUACCUUCUCACAUCAGAGAUACUACAGAUUUCAUCAUACGACUGAAAAACUUGGGUAGAGAUCCUGAGAACAGUAUUCUCGCGACAUUAGACGUUUCCAGUUUAUACACUAAUAUAGACACAGACGAUGGACUUGCUAUAAUUGAGGAGGAACUGGCAAAAACUGGUCAGAUCCAACCUUCCGCAAAAACCCUUACUUGCCUCCUCGAAAAAGUCCUCAAACUGAACAAUGUCACAUUUGACAACCACAAUUUCAUCCAGGUUAAGGGUACAGCAAUGGGCACUCGGGUUGCACCUAAUUUUGCGAACGUGUAUGUGGGCCGGUUUGAAGAUAAAUUUGUAUACCGAACGGAAUGGUCCCACUACAUAAUUGACUGGGUAAGGUUCAUCGACGACAUUUCUCUCAUCUGGAAAGGAGACGAAAGUUCUCUCACUACCUUUAUAAAGUACCUCAACGGUGUUUUACCAUCCAUUGAAUUCACCCAUGAAAUAUCUUACAAGUCCGUGAAUUUCUUGGAUACAAAAGUAAUAAAAGAUGUACAAGGUAACAUCAGCACAGACAUUUUUCAGAAACCAACGGAUACCCACUCAUACCUACAUUGGACUUCGGCGCACCCACCGCAUCUAAAGCAAAGUAUACCAUACAGCCAAACCUUAAGACUUAGGAGGAUAUGCUCAUCAACGCGCGUACUAGAUCAAAGAAUAUUGGAAUACUCCAAUUUUUUCGUAGCGUGUGGGUAUAAAACUUGUUAUAAUUGGUUUUUAUUACUCAGCUUAUUGAUGUGUAUGAAAAAAAUGUAACGUAUUAAUGGAUAGCCACAGGGCUGUCCUCAAGUAGCAGGUGGUGUUCCCUAGCAACUUACAGCAAACGGAAAAUGGAAAGGCCAUGUUUUUUCCCUCUUCCCAUUGUCCACUGACCAUUUACUAUUUUUAAUUAUAGCUUUUUUAUUGGAAUACCCAGUAAGAGCCUCUGCAUGCAGAGGAGAUCCCUGGAGCAUAACGGACAUCUUUGUCUUUGUGUACAAUUUCUAUGUCAGACAGCAUUGAGUUCAUAGGAUCAGAACUAAUUUUGGGCCCUUUUCUAAUUUUGUCUCGGAGCAAAGUCUUGGAUAGGCGUGGCCUAAAAGUAAAAUCAAUAAACUGUUCUAUAAAAAUAACUCCAAAACAUGAAUUACAUAUCAUAAAAUAAAUGCUUUACCCUUCUGCCAAGAUGACACAUCUUUUGCCUGUCUCAGGAGGAGAUUGAAAAGAUUUCUUCUUCAACAAAGAAUCACUUCGGGCACUGCUCAUGUUGUAGCUAAAUUCUUUGGGAUCUCUACGAAACCAGGGGGGGAUUAAUCCCCAGCGCAUAGGCUGUAGGACUCUUUUAGGCACAGCCUCUGAGGCCACAUCAUAGAAAUGUUGGCUGGAUAAGAGUACUGGACUAAAAAGAACAUGCAUAUACGAAUAAUGAUUAAGAAAAGAAAUUUAAAAAUGUAAUUGUAUUUUUACUUUUUAAAAUUUUUUUCCAUUACUUUUGAUAAUUUCUAAUGGCACUUUUUGGCUUCAGUUUUGGAACAGUUUUAUUAUCAUCCCCAGCAAGCAGAGGCCUAGGGGAGUUUGCCUACCAAAGUAUGUGCUGUCCAACAGGGUAUAAAAAUUAUUUUUUACCUCUUGACUCCAAACACAUAAGGCCUGUUUCAAACGUCGUGCUACUGCCGUGCCGAACUCAAUUAAUCAAAUUAAAUUGACUUUAGCACGGCAGUAGCGCGACGUUUGAAAACAAGUCAUGCUACUGCCGUGUAGCACGGCAAGCCUUGGCAACAGCCGUUCCAUUCGACUGUCAUUGUGUGAAUUAAAUUCGAUGUCUGAGACCAAGUCGUGCUAGUGUCGUGCUGCAGUCGAGUUACAGUCGAGCCAGCUUAGCACGGCAGUAGCACGACGUUUGAAACAGGCCUAAUACAAUUUCCAGCAUGAAAAGAAAGUCAGUUUUACAGCCUGCCAUUGGGACAAGCCGUAGCUAGCAUCUACUAGCCCACAAGUCAUUCCAACUAGCCCCAAAACCCUUUUUGAUUAGGAGGAUUGAUUACAAUCCUUCUGUAAUUUGAAUUUCCCCAAAACACAGAACUUGCCUGUUGGGCAAGUUAAGAACAAAAAUCACUAGCCCGAUAGAAAAAUCCACUAGUCCCGGGCUAUCGGACAUGACUUUCUUUGCACGCUGAAUUCACUAUUCAGUGCCUUCAACAGAGUGUCUUUCUUCACGGGAAGCCUUGAACAAGGUGUGAACAUUGAUCGUGUGCCGUCCAUAUGUGAGGUACCGACAUUUGUUUUUUCAAACAUGCAAAAUGAGAUCAGUCUUAAAGAGGGUGACAAAAUGGCAAGAUGUCUUUAAACGGUCAGAGAUUAAGGGCGUCAGGGACACACGUACAUACCAUCCCCGGAAGCUAGUUAUAAAAGUUCAGUUUCUGCUUUCAAUAACUAAUCUUUCAUGGGACUGGACGGCCUCGUCGAUCAAAUAAUUAACAGAUAAAAUAAACAUGAAGGUAAGCAGAAAAUUGUAUGCACAUUUAUAUCGUUUGACCUGAGACUUGAAAUGAGAAAUCACGUAUUGUUUGACAGACGAGAGAAGGGUACAACGAAGCAGUCACGUAUGAGUUCAGGAAAAACUUGAGAGAGACAGAUAUCGCGGGGGAUGUAUUACGCUUAAACAUUUAUUGAGAGCAAGGAAAUUGAGGGAACUUCCAUGUUCCAUUUUUUUUCGCCAUGUCACACCACAAAUUUCCUCUUGACUGCAAACAUUCCUGACAUUUCUGAACCAUCAAACAACGCACACAAUCCACAAAUGAAACGCAAAAUACACACUGACGACUGUACAUACAAACUCACGUAAAAGAUUGCGGAAUAAUGUUAUGUGAAGGAUAAUAUUUUGCUCCACUUCCACCAUCCCUCCAUUGUGGUUCUUGUGUCUUUCCGUCCUUUCCUUUGUAUCUGCAUGCCUUGGGGAUUUCAUCGGGCGCUAGCGUACUGAAUAACAACAAAGACAAAUAAUUGUUGAUGAAACAAAAACCCUUUUUAAAGUUUACAUGUUGGGAUUUCCAGUUGCUAUUUUCGGUGAUGUGUCAUACCAAGCCGUUCGCCCACACAUUUUCAAGUUUAAAUCACUCUAAGAAAAGGUAAUAACUCCCUGUAUAGCCUUGGAGAUAUGUUUUAGAGUACCAAAUAUAUAAGUAGGAGCGCUGGGCGGAGCGCUGAUGAAAAUGAAUUUGCAGAGCAAGCUAUUUUCCAGACGAUCGAACUCAAUUUUGGCGCCUUUUGGACAGCGGUCAAUGUGCUCAUUGUUGGCUCUUGUCCCCGUUUAAAUUAAAUAUCCCUGACAAAUCCUAUUUUGUUCAAUAAGAUGUGUAGGAAACAGCUCUAGUUAAUUCAUUUGUGCCGACAUUUUGGGCAGGAUACAAUAAAAGUAAUGAAACAUCACAUACACCUAAUUGCAGUAACGUUGUCCUAAAAGUGAAAAAAGGAAAAAGCCAAAUAGGAAUUAAUGAGGCUAAUCAAACCACAUUUUCAGGGCGGAUUUAUUUGCAGGCGUUGCAUUUCCCCGCUGGAAUUUUUUUUAUUGUUUUCCAGCUUUAAAACAAUAGAAAAUUCCAACAGACAAAUUCGACGUCUAUGUGCGGAUGCUGCAAACGAAUUCAUAAGGCUCAUUAGCCUGAUUAAUUCCUAUUUGGCUUUUUCCUUUUUUCAUUUUUUCUAUGACAACGUUUUUGCAAUUAGGUGUAAAUACCGCGAAAUUCGCCAAAUAUUUCUGUAAUGCAACUCCAGUCACGUGCUCAAAGUUCGCCUUCCCAGCGGCCCAAUCGCCCGUCGUGAACAAGCUUCUUCGGUUGUCAUCGGCUAUCUUUCGUGGGACUUGGAAAGGUUCUUUCCUAUGUUUGCUCGUUUUUCUGUAUUCCUUAGCUUAUUAGGACCGUAAAAAGUAUUCCCUACAAUAAGUAGUGUCGGAUGUUAACCUAACGAGUUUUUCUGGACCAUAAUUUGCUCCUCAAGCCGUUGUAUCUUUGUUUACUUUGGCUGUUUCCGACUAGGCUAUGGCCGGUCAUGGUUGAGUUCAAAAACUUUGCUGAGAACUGUUACGGAUUAACCGGCACUUGUUCUACUCCAUCGGCGUAGAAUGCAACAGGGAGGACUCACAAUGGUAAGAUCGUAGUACAUGUCGACAAAACUAAGCAAUGCUCAUCCUAUAUCUUUAAUGUUCAGUGUUAGCUAAGUGAUGCUAAAUUUAUACUUUGCAGUACGAUGGAAGUAGAGCAAGACGAUCAAGUCGGAACGAUGACCUCCACUCUAAAAUGCAACGAGCUGGCUCUGAAACUCUUUUAAAGACAGACCUCGAACAGUCCAAGGAGGCAAUAAAAAUUGAAAUUCGCAAACAGCUUAAAGUAAAAGAGGGCGCGGAAAACCUGAAGAAAGUAGCAACUGACAAGAAAACUCUGGCACAGUGUAACACGAUUUUAAAAGAGGCAACUGCAAAACUUCAAGAUCUGUAUGAUGAACUUCAAGACCUUAGGGACCGAUCGUUUAUUACGUCCCAGGAGGGGGGUACAAUUUUUGAAAAGGGUUGAUUUUGGGGCGUCAGUUUUGAAAAUGUACAAAGUGUGAGUGAGGAGGGUCGAAAUUUUAAGACACAGGAUUGACAUUAUAUGUUGUAGUUGUUAAACAUAUCAGAACUGAAACAAAAAAAACACUUUUCCUUCAUUACUAAACCAAAAAGUCGCGCUGACGACUCUUUGUAGACAGGCAAACCGUGAUGAGGAUCAAGCAAUUUAUCUCUGAAAGCUUGUUUAUUUGGACAGGAAAUUCACUGAAUGAAGAAUAUAGAUUGUAGGCUUCUUCCAGAUGUAAGUAUCCAUAUCCAUGCAUCAAAUGUUCUUGCACUGCUCUCAGACCUCGAACUGUACAAUUCGUCUGCAUCCCCUGCUUUGACCUCUGCAGAAUAGACUCCAGCAAUAACAAAAUUUCAUUAUUAUCAAGACACUGGAGUGAAGAUCUAAAAUCGUUUCCCUUCGGACUACCUCAAAACGUACUCCUCAAUUUUCGGUUGGAAUUUCCGAAAAGUGACCUUACCAUUUACCUUCCAUCCGGAAUUUCCGAAAUUUUCUGUCAAAUGGUAAGCACCCUUGGUCUAGGAAAGGUGGAGGUGGGGGGGGGGAGGUGCAUUUUAAAAAUUCUUGUCGCCAAGGGGGGGGGGUACAAUUUUAUAUGAAAUUAUUUCAGGGGGAUACAGUUUUCAUACACCACACUUCUCUGAAAACCCCCGCCCCCCCACCCCGGGACGUAAUAAACGAUAGGUCCCUUAAUGCUCAAGUGUCAGAGGAUAUGCCUUGUAAGUCUAUAUUGUUUGUCAUUUGUGAUAACUGAAGAUAAAAGUGCAAGUCGAUUAUAUAGUUUAUUCCCAGGUAAUGAGCGGCCUGUCGAUUUUCGAGUCGAAAAUAUUCACUUUUUUAGUGUACCGUUGACACUGUAUAUGUGAUUAGAUUCAUCGGUACUAAUUACAUCUUUCAAAGUACAUUUUAGUAAAUGUUUAAGGUCACUGGCUUAAAACUGGAUUGUCAAACGUUUUUAUCGUCAUCACUAAUAGUCGAUAAUUUUGUGGUGCGGCAACUCUAGGCUAUUAAUUGCGAUCGAACAAGCUGUGAAAUUAAAACUCUUUCUAAUUAUAUGGACUUGGCUACCAUAAUCACUUAUGGCUAUGACUUUGCCUGCACUUGGCAUUUACUCCUCUUUUGUAAAAGUGUACUCAUUCAGUCACGAACGAUCCGUUGUUCACCAAAGUAUACAACUUGUUUUUUUACUAUCCCAAGAAUGAUCUUUGUUAAUACUAGCUUGAGUACUUAAAAUUGAAGCUUGUCAUUUUCUAAAACAUGAUGUCCACUGAGUAUUAGUUGACUUUUUUUAAAAUUUUACUAGUUGUGAGUUUCGGAGCGUUAAAAAAAACACAAAACUAUAUACACGAGUUAAUUGCCUGGUAGCGAAUCGAAUAUGCUAGAUGGUGCGUAUCGCCGCACAUUCUUAAGUAUUGAAAUCGUCACCCUCCGGGACUGCUAAUUUGUCAUGUUUAUAUCGCCUUAUAUUUUAAACUAUUAGCAAAAGUUGCUGCUGGGUUAUAAGGAUUUCUUUUGUCUGUCGAGGAAUCGCUAAGUCCCGACGCUGCUUCCUCCAUGCUUGAGGUCAACUAAUAUUUAAAUCCCUUUGCCUGUGUUUGUGACAACAACGGCGGACUGUUUACAUUUUGAUGUAAGGAAAAGCCUUUGUUUGCACUUCGCUGCCUGUGGCGAGUGUGUCUCUGCGUUCUUUUACCCUACUGUGAUCGAUCCAGGAAUUAUAUUGAUAUAUUCUUUUUGCUAGAAUAUGUGUACAAGUUAUACUGAACAAAUGUUCAAUCAAUCUUUCCUUGUUACUCUAAGCCAUAUGUUUCCGCAAGACCUAUUUUAGUAAAAGGAGCUGAUGUACACUGUACGUUAAACAAAAUUUUAAUGAAGAAUUUUGGUUUGAUUGAUCAAGAGUUUAGACAUAACCUGUAUUGUUCGUCUUGAACUUGUUAAACUAAUUUGGAUUAAAAUUGUUUGCACCUGGUCUUCUAACUCCAUUACAUUUACAGGUGUAACUGACAACUAGAUGCCUGUUAGUGCAGUCCAAUAUAACGUCAAUAUUCAAGUCAUUUUUUUCUGAAUGCAUUUCUCUGCAUCACUUCUAACAGAAGCAGUCACUACUGGACCUGUACUGUAGUUUUAAAUGAAAUAAAACCUGGAGGAAAACCAGUGAAAUAAGUAUCAGUUACAGUGUAUAAAGUUUAAAACGAUAAUAAGUUACAAAAACAAAACUGACUAUAAAUAUAUUACUUGAUUAACAUACAAUAAAGAUGAGAUGAUAUUUUACCAACUGAUCAGCACUUUAUUGGAUGAUAAAAUUUAAUUGGUGUUAAUCAUGGGACAUUUGCUCAGUAAAUUUUCUCAGCUACAAUUGUGUAGAAGUAGUGAUGAAAUAAAUACUAUAAAGGUCAAGAAAAAAUAUUUUGGAAAACUGAAAACUUCCCAAACUAAUGUCUGUUCAAUAUUGCACCAAGAGAUCAGUAAGUUUGUUUCAUAUUUUUCACUGGGUAUAAACCCCUGUGAAGGCCAAAAGUGGCAAGCAUGCCCUUCCAGCAGACUUUCCUUUUAGAGAAGAUAAACAGCUUAUUGUUUUCUAUUUUGGUGGUGCUCAAAAUAUCAGCUAUUCUGUCUCAAAUUAUUCAAGUAUUGAAAUUUGCAAAUCAGUUUUCCAGACAUGGAAAAAGUGUGCAAAUUAAAGCUAACUCUCCUAUGACCGUGUUGUACUGUGGUAACUGUAAGUUUGCAGUAUAUUAGGGGAAAAGCUUUUGCUUUUGCUGCUGCAUUUGUCAAGGUUUCUGUCUAUUCCUUAUUUGAUAGUCUUGAGUCUGGAGAAAGUCUUAAAUUGUACAUGUACAUCCCAAAAUCUGUACAAACCCAGCUUUUUGCGCUCUUUGUGGUGGUAAAUUGAUUGAUGAAACUAAAACUUCUUGUUAUCGUACAAUACAUAUGAUAUUUCCCCUGCAUCCUUAGCAUCGAGUUUGGCUUACUAUAGUCUGUUUUUCUUUUUUCUUUCUUUCUUUAUUUAUGAAUUCCCCUCAAUUCCAAGCCACACUAAGCUAUAGUUUAUGUAGGAAAUUUGACCUCUAAGAUAUAUGCCUUGUUCUACAGUAACCCUCUCUGUUUUGUUCAUUUGCAACCAAGUUAGUGGGAUUUGACUGCUCUGUAACUUAGUUUUGGUCUUUCUGCUGCAGUGGAAAUCUCUCUUUCUCAGUUUUUAUUAUUUGCCUGUAUCUUUGUGACUGAUACUUCCCCUUGCUUUGAAGCUGAAAACACUGAUGGACUCUCUCCUGACAGAACAGAUGGAGUGUCAAAUGACUCAUCCGGAAAUAGUAAAAUUGAAUCGUUACAGAAGCAAAUUGCUGUAGAGAUGAAAGUCAAGCAAGGUCCUAUUAAAUUUAGAGUCUGAAAACAAUAGCCCAAUUACGUUUGUAAAAGUUUUAUUAAAUUGACACCUGUAUUGGCUUCCUCUUGGCACUUACCCUGUAAUUAGAUUAGAAACUGACAUUCCCAGAUAUGAUCUUCAGGGAUUCGGGUAUUGAGAUGGAGGCAACGGAAAAAAGAAAUACUACGAGCUAGAGAAAUAUUUUGGCAAAGUCGGCUGAACACAUUGCAACCGAACGGUCUUAAUAAGAGAAUGGGCUAG